AAGCCAAACUAAGCUGUUGCUUCCCGUCGUAAACCUACCUGACCUUAUGCUUGCCGCCACUUCACGUCCAGUUGUUCACACAACGUUGUGUUGCCCUUGCACCAUCGAUCUGACUGCUGCGGGGGAGUGACAGCCCCUGACUUGGACGCCCAGAUCAACGAGGGGUACGGCCGCGGGUCUUGGCACCGGACACCCCGCCCACCAGCGAGCAGACGUCGCAAAGAGGGUUUCCAUGUCGUCGCAGAGUCGACAUUGAUCUUUCCCCGUCCACCGCAAAAUUUGGCUCUCUGCGGGAGGCAACCAUCCUGCCCUCCUAAUCUCACGAUUCCUUAACGAUUUUUUCUGACGACCUGUUACGACUCUUUUUCGCUCAUUUUUCUUUCGUCGCUUGUGUUUCGCCUCUAGAUUCCCACCGUCUCCCACAAAAAGAGAAAUAUCUUCUCAACUUUUGUCCAUCGGUUUGCCCUACCCAUUCGGCUUUGUGCCUCUUCGCUCGCCAAACUCUGCACUUUUCCUCGCUGCCCAACUCAACUCAUCCUCCGCUCGACGACUCCUCUCCCAUAACCAUCAUCUCGAUACUCCAUACCCGAGCCUCUCAAAAUGGGUGACGCUUCAACCCCCCGUCCAUCAUGUGUCCCGUUGACCUGCCACGGUCACUCGCGCCCAGUUCCCCAUAUCAGCUUCUCUCCGUUGGAAAAUCAGGAUAUUUACUACAUGAUUUCUGCCUGCAAGGAUGGUAACCCCAUGCUUCGUGAUGGACAGACCGGCGACUGGAUAGGUACCUUCCUUGGCCACAAGGGUGCGGUAUGGCAAGGUAGACUCAGCCCAGAUGCCACGACUGCCGCAACUGCCUCUGCAGACUUUACCGCCAAGGUCUGGGACACACAUACCGGCGAGCUGCUGUAUGUUCUUCAGCAUGAUCAUAUCGUCCGCGCCGUUGCCUACCCCUUCGACCAGUCCAGGAUGCUUGCCACCGGAGGCUUCGAGAAGAAGCUCCGCAUCUUUGACUUGCAGGAGCAGCCACCCACGUCCGAGGGCGCCGCUAGCCCGGUUACUAUCCCGACUUCCCAAGCGUUUGAAAUCGGCGAAGGUGUGCAUACACAGCCCAUCAAGUUUAUUGUCUGGGCCAAGGACCCCAGCGUGCUGAUUACGGCCUCGGGAGACACGCUUCGAUGGUUUGAUUUGCCUACCAGGCAGUGCACACGUGCCAUCAAACUCGAAGCCGAGAUCAAGUCUUGCGAACUUGUCUCUCUUGCGCCAUCGCACAGCUCCCCCACUGAUAUUGGCGGUGGUCAGCCCGUACUUGCGGUUGCUGCUGGCAAGACCGCCUGCUUUUGGGGCGGGCUGAAGGCACAAGAUGAGCUCAAGCAGUUCAAGCUGUCCCAUGGCAUUGCUAGUGUGGGCCUGGAUCUUAAAGGCAGGAAGUUCGUGGUGGGAGAAGAACCUGGAACCUGGGCGCAUGUUUACAGCUGGGAGGAUGGCAAGGAGCUGGAUGUCCACAAGGGUCACCACGGUCCCAUCUGGUCCAUUGCUUUCUCUCCAGAUGGAAAUCUGUAUGCCACAGGGUCCGAGGAUGGAACCAUCAAAAUGUGGAAGAACUGCGAGGGGUUCUAUGGUCUUUGGAGAGGAGGGGCGCCGGGUAGUAGUGCCGAUUAGGAGGAGCCUGCUCACCCAAACGAUUCCCCAUCCCUUGCCACCCCAAGCAUCAUCAUCUCAACUGUGGACGACUCAGGUGCCGAAAAUCCAGCUCAGUCUCUCGUGGAUCAGAACACUGAUCUUCUGCUCAGCUAUUCUCCGCUCCGAACUCGAGCCAAGAAUACCUCAGCUAACCCAGGCGCCACUUCUCGUCCAUUCACAGCUCGUUUGGGGCUGCAUCCCAAUCGUCAAGAGAAUAGGAAACCGCCCUCGGAUUCUUCUUGUGUUACCGAAAUAGAGAAUGCUGACAAGCUGGAACUGGGAGAGUUCCUCCGUCGAUCUGCCAUGAAUAGAAUCAGUGCGAGGAAGACAACUGGGCGUUCUUGAGGUUGAGUUAUCAGGUUGAGCUAUCGUCGGGUUUGCGGCGACCCUAUUCAGUUACAGAGUAUUUCUGCCUGCUCGGGUUGCAUACGGGCAAAAGAGGUUAUGUUUGGCUCGGUUAUAGACGAGGAUUGGUCAACCCAGGGAUUUCUGAUUGCUAUUAUUCUGGAGUCGAGUAUUUACUUAUCCCUUUAAGCGUUGGUACAUAUUUCCCGAUUUGGGUGUUGGUCUUGUAAGGUACGGAUUCCGGACUGCAUUUUCACAGGGGGUUUAAAGAACGGCGGUGACCAAAAAUAAUUACACCAAAAAUAAUACCUGUUGCUUUAAUUCUGAGCAUCCUCUUCUCU